UGAAGAUGGCGGUGGUUAGCUGGAUGUCGGGGUCUGUAGCCCGACUGGAGGGCCGAGAAUUCGAGUAUCUGAUGAAGAAAAGGUCGGUGACCAUCGGCCGGAACUCUUCGCAGGGUUCGGUGGACGUCAGCAUGGGACACUCCAGCUUCAUCUCCCGGCGGCACAUCGAGAUAUUCACCGCGGGAGAAGACGGCACCGGCACGGGGGAGUUUUAUCUGCGGUGCCUCGGGAAAAACGGGGUGUUUGUUGAUGGGGUGUUCCAAAGGAGAGGGGCGCCUCCUCUCCAGCUCCCCCGAAUGUGUUGUUUCCGGUUUCCCAGCACAACUAUAAAGAUCACGUUCACAGUCCUGUCCAAUGAAAGGAAGGAGCCCAGGAACGUGCCAGAAUCACCAGUUAAACCUAUCCAACCCCAAAUCUCCCCACUGACCAUCAACAUUCCUGACAACAUUGCCCACCUCAUAAGCCCCCAGCUUUCCCCAACGGGCACCCUCAGUGCGGCAAACUCCUGUCCAUCAAGUCCGCGGGGGGCGGGCUUCUCCAGCUACAGGCCGAGCCGUGUUCUGGCCUCGGACUUGAUAGGCGACAACUCCCAAUCAGAAAAUGACAAGGAGGCCUCCGGUGAAGACAGCCCAAAGGACGACUCCAAACCUCCAUAUUCGUAUGCACAGCUGAUAGUCCAAGCUAUCACCAUGGCCGCAGAUAAACAGCUGACUCUGAAUGGAAUAUACACCCACAUCACCAAGAACUACCCCUACUACAGAACAGCUGAUAAAGGCUGGCAGAACUCGAUCCGGCACAACCUGUCCCUGAACCGGUACUUCAUCAAAGUGGCGCGCUCUCAGGAGGAGCCGGGCAAAGGCUCCUUCUGGAGGAUCGACCCCGCCUCGGAGGGCAAGCUGAUGGAACAAGCCUUCAGGAAGCGCCGGCCGAGGGGGGUGCCCUGCUUCAGGACGCCCAUGGGACCGCUCUCCUCCAGGAGCGCUCCGGCCUCCCCUAGCCACACGGGGGCCCUGUCUGUGUCCAGCGGGGUUCAGACUCCAGAGAGCCUGUCCAGAGAGGGCUCCCCUGUCCCCAUGGAGCCAGAGCCAACCCCCCCGCAAGCCCAAAUCACUACAGUCCAGCCCAAAGUCGCUGUGAUCCAAGAGGCCCGCUUCACACAGAACUCCAACGGCCCCCCCCUCAGCAACCAGCCGGUCCUGAUCGCUGUGCAGCGCCAGAUGCCUCAAACCACCAUGAAGCCAGUGACCUAUGCCAUGGCGUCGCCAGCCAUAGUAUCAAUGUCAGUUAGCUCCGCCCCCGUCAUGCAGACGGUGCACGUUGUCCACCAGAUCCCAGCCGUCACCAUGGCAACUGUUGCCGGAGAGCCCACUGCUACAGUGAGCCCGAAACCUCAUGAGAAUGGAGGAGCAGCGCACCGGGGGAUCAAACUUAAAGUGGAGUCAGUGCCCCCCCUCACAGCCUCCUCCAUAGGGGGAGUCAGCCGCAUCGUGCAGGCUCCUCUGACUACACUCACCAUCCUGCAGCAAGCCCCCCCGCUGGGCCAGCACCAGCUCCCCAUCAAGACCCUCUCACAGAACGGGACCCACCUGCUCCCCAUCACCACUGCUGCCAGCACAGCCGUUGCAAACCCCCUCCACCUCCUGGCGGCCCACGCCUCCGUCUCUGCGUCCCUCCCCACCAAGAGGCAGAACGGCGAACUUCAGGACACCCCCCAAACAAAGAGGGCGAAAAAAGAGGAGGGGGAGGCAGCAGCCACUUACAACAACGGCACCACGGACAGAGCCGGAGAGGGCGUGGUCAGUGAACAGUUUAGUGACAAGUAGCCCCCCCUCUGCAUCCUGAACCCCUCUCUCCUGUAACCCCCCACCCUCCAUCAUCUACUCCAAGAUGCAAAAAAACAGAAGAGUGGGAAACCCCUGCAGGACUCCAGAAUGUUACACCUCUCCUAUAUAUUUCAACACGAUGCAAAAACUGAAGACCACAUUUGAAAAUGGAAUGAAGGAGUUGCUGAUUACUGAAUCCCUGAAGCUGAGCCAGAUGGCCAAAAGAAAUCCAGAUUUCCAGAUCAAAAGCGACGUGGCCGUGUGAAGAUCUCCAGCUUCACUGUGAGGGGAGGCCGGAAGCCCCCCCCCCCCCCCCCCGGUGGAGUGGGCAGGGUGAAGGUGUACGGACAUUCCCAUCUUCGGCAGCUAGCCUCCAUGUGGACCUCCCUCCCCAGUUGUGAGUAGAUAUGCAGUAUUCCGUUGUACCAGUGUAUCUCCCCGGGCACAGAUACUAUCUAGUAAUAAAUAAGAUAAUUAAAAGCUAUAGUGGGCUCUAUAAGGACUUUACCCAUCAGAACGUGAUCUUUUGGAACUCCUUUUUUUGUUAUGUGGACUCUUUGUUCAGUGCAAUGAAUGUAGUCUCCCUUUUCCUUUAAAGAAAACACUAUCUAUGGAGUGGAUGUUUUUUUCUGCUCAUUCAUGCAAAUUAAAUUCCUUUCAUCACUGUACAUCUACAGAUUUUUCAUAUUUUACAAAUAUCCUGAGAUAAGAAGUAUAUACCCGUACGUAUUUGACCAUAUGCUUCAUCAAGCUUGCAUGUUCUGAUCUAGAGACAAUGUUCUUGAUCAGAUCAUCUGAAUAUGGAACUGAGAAGAGUUAGACUGAAUCUACACUAAUGAUUCUGACCAGUGCUGCACUUAACCCUCUUCCAUCCUUCCCUCACCAUGGGCUGUGGUACCUUUGUUUUCAAGCUUGAUUAUUUGAUUCUGUUCAGGCUAUGAAACAGUCUCUUCAGAUCUAUGUUACACAAGGAAAAAAGUGAUGGGUGUUCAUUCUGCUUCAGUGGGUAAAUGCUUUUUUUAUAAAUGUAUUUAAAACACA